AUGGAAGCCCUACCCGCUCAGAUGGACACUACAAACCGCCCCGAUGAGUGGAAGAUAGAACAAGGUCUAGCCGGCCAUAAAUUGCCCAUUCUUGAUCAAAGUGGCAGUGAUACUAUUCACAUAUACCCCCCACAGGACGGGCAUCGUAUGAAGGACGAAGAAGCCAUCGCGGCUGUGGGUAAUCGUGAUGAAAGCUUCAGGAGAGAAAAGGAGGGCUGGAAAGGUUACGUUGAAUGGGAGAGGUACCCAGAGAAGAAAGCCAAGGCGCGUAAGAUUCUGGCUUCGCAGACGUUCGAUCCCUGUCCAGACUUUAUGUUUGGGCCGAUCCCCGGCACCAACCCCGUGCUUCCUGGCAACGACUUCAAGGAGUGGCAUUGGGCAAUAGGUGGCGAACUCUCCAGUGUUCCGGAUGACUCCUGGCGGAUUGUCCUGCGUGAAAAGCACCCGGAUAUGCUUCACCUGCUACAGUUUCCCUACAAUGGUGAACCUCCGAAACGGCUGGUAACCUCCAAGGUUGUAACUCCGAAUCCUCUUCACUUCGUGCGAAACCAUGGUGGUAUUCCAAUAAUUGACCAGAGCAAAUGGAGUAUCUCACUAGAUGGCUUGGUCAACCGGCCCCAGACUUACAGCUUGGAUGACCUGCAGCAUGGUACAAGGUUUCCGCAGAUCGAGAAAACCGUGACCAUUCAAUGCUCAGGAACACGCCGCAUCGAACAGAUCAGCCGCUACGGUGGGCAAGGGGAUGAGGUUCCCCAGGCACCGUGGGCUGAGGGGGCCAUUGGCACAGCUCGAUACCGGGGGAUCAGCUUAAAGAGACUUAUUAAAGAUUGUGGAGGCCUUAUUGCCCCGGCCAAGCAUCUGGAGUUGUAUGGCGCAGAGACAUAUGUCAAGGACUUGGAAGUGAUGAACUACGUCGUGAGUGUCCCGUGGUCUAAGGUCAAGGCAAAUGAGGUUAUCCUAGCCUGGGAGAUGAAUGGCGAGCCGUUACCCAAAAUCCAUGGUUAUCCUGUUCGCAUCGUUGUCCUGGGAUAUAUCGGUGCACGCAGCGUGAAAUGGCUAUACCGGAUCAAGGCUAUUGAAAGUCCUUCGAUUGCCCCUGUCCAAAGCAAAGAGUAUCUUUACUUUAACCAGCAAGUGGGCAAAUAUAACCUCCGACCUACCGAUGGGAUUCAGAUUCAGGAGAUGCCCGUUAGCUCGGCCAUCAUGUCCCCGUGGGCUAAGCAGGCUAUUAUCCACACCGGGAAGAUCCGAUGCAAAGGAUGGGCCUACUCUGGGGGUGGCCGAUGGCCUGAACGUGUGGAGCUCUCAGCGGAUGGCGGAUUUACCUGGUAUCCAGUACCCCCGGAGAAGUUAUCCAAGAAGGGCCGUUGGGUCUGGCGUACGUGGGAGCUAGACCUGCCCUGCGACGUGGAAGGCUGGAUAGAGAUCGUCUGCCGUUGCUGGGACAACGCAAUCAAUACACAGCCAUUGGAUGUACGCGCGUCGUGGAACUGGGGACUCCACGUUACUCAAUCGGCGCAUCGGAUCAGCAUCUACAGCAUCAACAAGAGCCGCCCAAUUACGCGCGAUCGCCUGGAUAAAAUGGAACAGCUCGGAAUCCCUCUUGCCCCCCUCACCCGCUACGAAAUUGUUCCCAGUCAAACCAUGGAGGAAUAUAAUCAGUACUGGAAGGAACACGAGCCCCGGGAUGUCGAUGAUUGA